AUGGAAGACAACACCCUUCCCUGGAGCCUUGAUAGAGUUGAAUCUCCCAAUGCCAUCACCGAGGCGCAGGCCCUGCUAGCCAACUUUCAAUCUUCCCCUCAGGCCUGGAUUUUGGCCCAUGAGCUUCUAAGGCGACCAGACGAGAAGGGGAAAUUCUUUGGAGCUCUCACCAUCAUCGUAAAGCUCAACAGGGAAAGCUCGUCGCUUAGUGACGAAAAUGCACAAGAACUAUUAGAGCACCUCAUUGGAUGGUAUCGACAUUCUUUUGAGAAUUACACUGGUCCCUUGGUGCCGCGCAAACUAUCAUCAGCCCUCGCAACUUUCUUCCUCCACUUCCAUCAACUGUGGCCUAGUUUUGUUCGCCACCUUAGCAUAUGCCUGGCCUCAUGGCAGUACUAUGACCCUCUUUCUCUACAAUCUUCCGUCGAUGUAGGUCGUGUCCUGGAUACGCUAGAUCUGAACAAACUAAAAGCCGUCUUAUGGGUCGUCACGAGUAUCGUGGAGGAUGUCAUCAGGAUUGACUGGAAUACAGCAAAUGGGCGGCUCCUCGAAGGCGAUAAAGAAUUCGAAUCAGCCCAAUUUGGACAGUUGCUCUUGGCAUUUGGCGAGGAAAAGUGCCAGUGGCUAAUGCAGUCUGAAGACCCAAGAAGCAAAGCCUUGCUUUCUAGGCUAUGUGGCUUACUUGGAUCCGAUGGCUAUCCAGUAGCUGAGAACAGAGUGUUCGUGCCAGCCAUCGAAUUUUGGUCCACCUUCACUGAAGUCAUGUCAGAUCUUGUCACUUUGGAUGAUAUCUCUGCCACUCCCUGGGCAGAGUCGGCGUUAUCGCAGGUUCUGGAAGUGGUUUCAGUCGCAUGCCGUAAAAUCACCUACCCCCCGGCAGAAGAAUUCAGCCAGUGGGACUCCUCCGAUCGAGUAGGUUUCUCAGAUGCUCGAAAGGACGUUAUUGACCUGUUACAAUCAGCAUAUAGUCUAUCAGGCUUUCAGCUGGUAGCCACAUUUUCCAACCUCGUACUCACUGCAUUAAACGACUGUGCCUGGUUACAGCUAGAGACAGCUGCCUUCUGUCUUGCUGGUCUGGCGGAUUGUAGCAAGGACGAUGUUCGCCUAGACGAGGCACUGGGAUCAGUGUUUGAAUCUUCUUUGUUCUCACGUCUCUCAUCCCUGGACACCGAUAUCACCUUACGGACGCGGCAGACAUGCCUGUAUCUCAUAGAACAAUAUACGGAAUACUUCGAACGAAAUGUUUCUUCCCUUGCUCCCGCAUUAAGGCUCUUAUUCAGUCUGUUGGGAAAUCCGUCUAUGGCGGCACCGGCAUCAAGAUCAAUUCUUCGACUAUGCUCCUCUUGUCGGCAUCACCUUCACGCAGAAACAAACGGGUUCCUCGAUGAAUAUCAGGCCUUAGCUGAGCAGGAGAGACUCGAUUGCGUAUCCUCCGAAAGAGUCCUCGCCGCUAUUUCAUCUAUUGCACAAGCCAUUCCCGACACUCCUCGGAGAUACAACGCAUGCACAAGGCUAAUAGAAUUUAUUCAAAACGAUAGUGCUCGCGCAAGGGAGCUAGCUCAGCUUCCUGUAGGUACCAAGCUGCUAUGUUUUGGUCAACGAUGCAUAGAGAAUUCCGCCGACGAAUCGCCCGGACUACAUAUCGCGUUGAAGACUCUGCGCUGUUUAGUUGGCAUCGGGAGAGGUCUCCAAACUCCCGCAGAUUCAACCAUUGACCUUGACGCAAGCAACGCGCCAAAAGCUGAGUAUGAUGACCGGUUGGAAGGGCUUCACAGACAGGUUGUUCGAAUCAUCAUGGACAUUGAAGAUACUUUUGGUAGAAAUAGCGAGGACCAUUUGUGCUGGGGUUUCAAGAUGUCACCAGCUACUUGA